AACAUGAAGUUUCCGACUUUGCUGGUCGUCUUGGGCCUUUUGAUCGCCCUCUUUGCCGGAUCCUCGGAGGGCAGCUAUUGUCCUUGCGAUCUGAAGACCAAGGGCACUGAGGUCUGCGGCUCAAAUGGUGUUACCUUCAAAAACCGCUGCGAGUUCGAGUGCAGCCAAAGGGAUUAUAAGAAACUUGGACGCACCCUGAACAUCCAAAAAGAUGGACCUUGCAACUAGACAAGCGGAAAUGCUGUUAAAUCUUCGGACCCAUUUGGAGCCAAAAUACAUAAAAACUGCAGUGCUGAGUGCUGUGAGAUAGUUCUCGACAUGAAUAAGUGACUAUCAAAAGCUUAAUACUCUUGUGGAAACAAUCUAAAAUGCUUUCUCUCGUUUAUCAGUAAUGUAUAUUAUAACCAAGAUACUCUAACCAAAUAAAGUAAAAGUGUAAAUUAA